GGUUCGGUUUUGUCAGUGAGACGAUUCACUUCAGCACGUAAUAGUACGAUCGAUCAUUUAAGGAAGUUUAUUGUACUAUUUUAACAACAAAAAAAGUUUUAUUCUACCAAUUUACGUCCUUGCAAUCUCUUUUACUUCUGAUACGACAUUUAAAACCGAUAAAAACAAGCAAUCGAGAACACAGAGGUUGUAAGAUUAAUAUUUUUUACUAGACAAAUUUUCAAGUAUGAGCAACGAUGUAGUGCYGGCAUCUCCUGUUUCUGAUGACGACCAACCAAUCCAGCUUAAGGUCAACUUUAAAGCUGCAAAGAAUGGGAGCCAAGAUGCCGAGCACAUCAUGCCUCCCUUGUUGGAGUAUAUUGAUGCUAAUGUUAUCGGACGAGAUACUGUUAUUGAUGGCCCAUAUGGCAAGAAACAAGUUGUAUACUGUGACUAUACAGCAUCAGGAAAACCCCUUCGGUUUAUAGAGGAAUACAUUCAUAACUAUAUCUAUUCCUACUAUGCAAACACUCACACCAGUACUACAACAACGUCGAGACAAACUACUAAAUUCAGAAAUGAUGCAAGAGAAAUUAUCAAAACCUGUGUGAAUGCUGUGGAGAAUGAUGUUGUGAUCUUCACAGGCAGUGGUACGACUGGAGGAAUACACAAACUGAUACAUGCAUUGCAGCUGGAGGGACAAGCAGCCAAGAAAACAAUUGAACGAAUAAACGAUGAUGAAUCUGGUACUGUGUGCAUGAGUAUGCUAGAGGAAAACUUACAAAAAUACCAGGAAGCAGGCUACACAAUGUACGCAGCAUUUUCUGCAGCCUCUAACGUAACCGGUAUUCUUACUGACACUGUAGCCGUGGCUGAGAUGUGCCAUAAGUACGGUGCAUUUUCUUUCUGGGACUACGCUUCAGCGGCACCAUAUCUUGAGAUAAAUAUGAACCCCACACCUAAUGGUUAUAAAGAUGCUGUGUUUUUGUCUCCUCACAAGUUCGUAGGUGGACCGGGUACGCCAGGUGUGCUUAUCGCUAAAAAGAAGGUUUUUAAAAACCCUGUACCUGGAGGCUGUGGAGGAGGAACCGUACUUUUUGUAACAAGAGAUACUCACUUGUAUCUCAAGGACAUCGAGACACGAGAGGAAGGAGGAACACCAGCAAUAGUGGAGUCCAUACGAGCUGGCCUGGUUUUCCAAAUAAAGCAGAGUGUCACUACAAAACUCAUCGAAGAAAGAGAAGAAGAACUUUGCAAGAAAGCCUUCGCAGUCUGGAAUAAGAACCCCUGCUUGACUAUCCUCGGUAGUCACAAAGCACGCAGGCUGCCAAUCUUCUCGUUCAUCGUCUAUCACCAAGAUAGUGGCAAACUCCUCCACCAUAACUUUGUAUCCACCUUACUCAACGAUCUGUACGGCAUCCAAGCCCGAGGAGGAUGCGCAUGCGCGGGACCUUAUGCUUUGGAUUUACUUGGCGUGAGUGACGAUCUUGCGCGGAAGUUCACAUGGUUUUUUGAAGACCACCAGGGAGAACAAGUGGAAGAAGAAUGCCGGCAACCAUUGGAAAUCAUGAAGCCUGGUUUUGCUCGUAUUAACCUACCAUACUUCAUGAGUGACGAGACCGUGCAUUUCGUUCUCGAGGCAGUAGACAUGGUAGCAACACAUGGAUGGAAGCUCCUACCACAGUACACUUUUGACCCAAAGACUGGAUCAUGGUGCCAUCGCAAUCAUUCCGAAGAGCCUUCGUUUAGUCUCCAUGACAUCACAUAUGAUGACGAUGGCAUGCACGUGACCCAUAAGGCGUCGCCUCCUUACGCCCUUCCCAUCUAUACUUUUGAGACAAUUGCAAAAGAAGCAAGCAAAACAUUUGAAGAAGCGGCUGAAAUAAACAACGAAAUUUCGACUGUCGAUGAUGAAGUAAUUCAUUUCUCUGAUAAUGACAAAGAAAAGCUUCUCUGGUUUCUCCAACCACAAGAAGCCCAGAUCUUUCUGGCCACAGAAUCUUUGAAAUAUAAACCGUUUAAAAGAACAAAAUUGCCAUUCAAACCAAGAAAACUCACUAGAAAUUAUUCAAAAUCGGAACUGAAGAAACGGCGAACUUUGUUGAGGAGUAUGUCUGAAACUAUUCCUGAAGACGAGGACAAUCAAGAUAAAAAAGUUGCCAAAGUUGACAAGGUUGACGGAACCACCUAUGAUGUCAAACCGGAUUUAAAAAUCCAAGAUGGCCACACUACACACCAACCUUUCAAGGACAACAAAGUAAAGAAGAAAAAAUCCUUCUCAAAAUUUGAUAAAAAGAAGCAGUCAAUUGAAAUAAUCGAUGACUCAGAUGUGUUCGAAGAUCCUCAUAAAGAACAAAAGCACUCCAAGCGAGACUGCGUCGUUCAGUAACUUAUAAAUUUGAAUAAUUGAAUUUCUGGGGCUUCUGUGGUGAAAAGGGAAGUAAGGGACUGUGACGAGCGUUGAUUGACAGCUCAACCGAGUCCCAUUUUUCCUCUUCUCAUCAACACAGGGAUUCCACCAAAAUUGUAUGGUAUAAUAUUUGUUUAUUAAUGUCUGCACAUAUCUUUUUAUGUUAAAAUAUUAACCGGAUUUGGUAGAUAAUCGAUGAGUUAUGAGUUACUGUGUUCACUUACACUGUGAAUAUAAUUUUCAAGAUUAGAUAGACUAUUUUUAAAAAUUGAAAAAUAAUUAAAAUCUUCUACCUUAAAAUUACUUUAUUAGUGAGUUACUGCGCAUGAUUAAAUGGACAUGUAAUGACUUUGUGGAAAAAAGCGUACUCGAUAGCAAAAGGGUUUUUUGUGGGGAGGGGUGGGGUGGAAUGCGYAAUAGUCCCACUCCCUCAAGCUGCCUCCACUAUAAAUAGUUCGAUGGAUAGUACAGAAUCAAGAUCAUUUAUAGUUAUUAAGUCCAAAUGAAGUUUGCAAAACAAUCAUAUUAAUUGUUAGCCUCGAGUUUUGGCGGCGCGAAGUGAGUGCCAGUAGAUUUAUAGAGCUGUCACGUGACUUGCAACAGGUAUCUAAGUCAACUUAACUACGUAUUUGCGCCAUAAAACUGUAUUAUUAAAAUAGAAAUGAUGUCAUAUACGGCUCACUUGGCAAAACAGAUCUAAAAUGUAAGAGUUUAAAAACAGUUUCAAUAAAUUAAUUUACUCUAG